ACUUUAACAGUGUGGUUGUAUUAGAAUAAUCUAUUCUCUAAAUCCUCUUUGAACGUUUGUCACAAUCAGAACUGACUGUUUUAUCUCUGUCGUUGUAAAUAGCUCUUUAAUUUAGACCAAACAAGUGACCCAUACUGGCAUUCUCUUGACUAUCCUGUUACUGGAGUUUUUAGUUUGUUAACGGUUAUGCAUUAAGAAAGCAGUAAGAGCCAGUCAGACCUGUCAUUGAGGCCUGUGCCAGAAGAGGUUUAUUCUUUAAAUAUUCAUAAGACUUCCCUACACCUACCCACCUCUGCUCCCAGUUCUUAUAUCCUGUCAAAAGGGUCCCAUGAUUUCUAACUGUGCCAUCUGACUGCCAUGUGGCAUCAUGGGAUCUGUAGUUUUUCAUGAUUUCUUAUUGUACUCUGUCCAACUGCUGUGUGGAAUCGUGGGAUUUGUAGUUUUCUCCACCCCUAUUCUCCUCAAGUUGUCUAUCGACCUUCUAUGACCUCUCCCCUGAGCUUCCUGCAAUGAACACGAAAAAGAUUUCAAUUUAAAAUUGAAUUUUAAUACAUUACCUAAUCAAACUGUAAUUCUUGCCGAUUGUUAAUUCUCUUAUUCUGCUGCGUGAUUUCAAAGUGCCCAGUGGUGAAGCUUGUCUGCCCUGUGUCGGCCUGCGUUUGUAUUUAAGAAAAAAAAUGAGAUCAUUCCACCGUGGUCCAGCUGAGAAGUCAAGUUAGUGCGACAUGAAUUCGUCUGGAUGAUUUCUCUUCUAAUAAUAUUGUUACAAUGGCACAGGAUGUUAAGUAAAUGUUUGAACUGUACUGAGCACGAGGGAGAGAGACACGCAUCUAAACAGAUGAGUUUUGGGGACACCCCCCCCAUCCCCCCGAUAUGCCCUCGCCUCCCCAGUGCCGUGCUCUCCGUUGACACACACGUCCGGUCAGAUUCAAUGUUCCCAAUUCAGGACAGGAGGAAUACCCUACAGCCGGACACGCCCCUGUGGUUGAAAACAAUCCAGCGUCCCAGAGAUUUCAAUCCAGGUGGCAGAACUCCGGAGGAGCAGGGAGCUAGCGAUCGCUGGCAAGACCUUGUGAUAAAAGCCCUGUCCCGCUCUGCCUCUCUCUCGCGAUCCAGCUGGGACUCCUCUCACAUUCCGCUCCACGUUUUCCAAGCAGCUCCUGAACUCUGUCCAAAACUCCCACUUCCUGAAGCUCUGGGCUGCUCCAGGAAGUUACACACAGGCACAUAUUUUCUUUCAAACCGCCCCCCCAGUCGCUCUCCGGCUCUGGGCAGUAAAAUGGCAGAAGCUAAUGUCUCAGUGGCUCAGGACCAGUUCAGCUGCUCCGUGUGUCUGGAAACUCUGAAGGAUCCAGUGUCUCUUCCCUGUGGACACAGUUACUGUAUGGGCUGUAUUAAGAGUCACUGGGAUCAGGACGAUCGGACUGGAGUCUACAGCUGCCCCCAGUGCAGACAGACCUUCAGCCCAAGGCCUGUUCUGGGCAGAAACACCCUGCUGGCUGAAGUGGUGGAGAAACUGAGGAAGAGAGGCUCCAGUACUCCUCUUCCUCCUCCUGCUCACAGUCCUGCUGGCCCCGGAGAUGUGCUGUGUGAUUUCUGCUCCAGGAGGAAGAUGAGAGCUGUGAAGUCCUGUCUGGUGUGUCUGGCCUCUUACUGUCAGACUCACCUCCAGCCUCACUAUGAAGCUCCUGCCUUCAAGAAGCACAGACUGACCUCUGUCAGCAGACACCUGCAGGAGAUCUGUCCAGAUCAUCAGAAACUGCGAGAGGUUUACUGCCGGACGGACCAGACCUGCGUCUGUCUGCUGUGCUCAGACAAAGACCACAGAAGCCACGACACUGUGUCCACUGAGACUGAAAGAGCUGAGAAACAGAAGCAGCUGGGGGCGACACAGAGACAAACCCAGCAGAGACUCGAGGAGAGAGAGAAGGAGCUGCAGGAGCUGAGACAGGCUGUGGAGUCACUCAGAAGCUCGGGGCGGAGGGCAGUGGAGGACAGCGAGCGGGUCUUUAACGAGCUGGUCCGCUCGGUCCUGAGGCUCGGCUCCCAGGUGAAGGAGCAGAUCGAGGCCGGCGAGAGGGAGGCGGUGGGUCAGACCGAGCGCCACAUCGAGGAGCUGGAGCAGGAGAUCGCCGAGCUGAGGAGGAGAGACGCUGAGCUGAGCCAGCUCUCACACACAGAGGAUCACAUCCAUUUCCUCCAGACGUUCCAGGCCCUCUCCUCUCUCUGGCCUGGAGUCUCCAGGAAGGCGCCCGUGAGCGCGGAGAGCACGUUUGGGGCGGUCCGACGCCUGGUUUCGGAGCUGAAGGAGCUCACCGAGGACCUCUGCAGGCAGAUCCUCGUCAGGAUCGCAGACGCAGUUAAGAUCCCCCAGCCGAAGCCUCCAGCGCCCCCGGGGAGAGAGGAGUUCCUGAAGCGGAGAGGGACAGAGUGGUGCCACAGAAAAGAAAAUCACACACAAAAUGGAGCUGGCCAGGACCGUGAGGGAAAGCUGACCUGACUACAGAAGAAAACCUGAAACACUCAGUCUUCAGCGUCUUCAACACCCUAGCUCACCUCCACUGACUCCCCAAAACCACACAAGACAAACGGCACUCACCCCUACUGAACUGGUGUGACCAACACAAGAGUCAACUACGUGUGUGUGUGGAAUGUACCCAACCACCUGAACUCACCCUCUACACAGAAGGGCACAGCAGAACACAGACGCUGAUACAAUACGACUGGGCAAGGGAAUUGCUAAAUAAGGAUAAACAAACAAAAGGACAAAGAGACGAACAGAAAUUAACAAAACAACAAAGCCAAAGCUAUACAAAAAUACACACAAACCAACAGCAAAGCGAAGCCGAGCAGAACCGAAGUCAAACAAAAGGGUUCUUCCUUCUGAAAGCCUCCAUGUUAUAUAGUGAAUAAGAUGCACUCUGAUUGGCUGAGAAGCCGAUUGACGAUGAUGUCACACAGAAACAACAAUGUGAUGGUGGGCCAAUGGGGGAGGGAGAACAAUCAAAGUCAGCAGUGUGGAACAUCACAACAAACACACACAGACCACACACUGGGACGUAACAGGCACAGUUAGAGGAGCUUGGGUGGACAGUUACUUUCAGACCACAUGAUGAUAAAAAAACACCUGAAUGGGCUGUGUGUUCCUGUGUGUUU